AUGAGAUUAGACCAGCCUAGCACGAUGUCAGGAUUCAACACAAAUACAAAUAAAAAGGAAGAUGUCUCCACCAAACUUAAAGCCAUGUCUUAUUAUACUAAUAUUCGGAAAGCUAAAGGAGAAACCAAACAACUGGAAACAGAAAGUAAGAAAAUGGAGGAGCGACUGAAAGAGUUAAGGAUGGCCAUGAACAGAGAGAAGGAGGAGAGGGAGAGACAGGGUGGAGGUUAUUGGAGUCGUGGUCAGACUGGACAUCUCAACAGCUAUGCUACUGAUGUACUCAAUACAAAGCCUGCAAAGGUCCCUGCUGCCAAGGAUGGCAAGAGGAAAGUUAAAGUGCUGAAAGAUACCACUUUAGAUGUACCAGACAGACCUAAGCAUCCAGGUACUAUGGGAUACAUAGCUAAACAGGACGCAUCACUUACCCCCAGAAGUAGGAACAUCAAAGGACCUAAGUGUGGGCAGUGUGAAGAGAAGAGGGCUGCAGUGUCUUGUGUUCAGUGUUCGGAACACUACUGUGCCAGCUGCUUUGCCGCCUUUCACCUGAGGGGUGCUCUGAAGAAACAUAGAUCUGUCCCACUCUCGGCAUCUGGACCGCGUGUUUGUAUGUCACCUCGACCACCACAGCCAAGCAAUGGAGAUAGGAGUAUAGAUUUCCAUGCCCCACCCCCGGCUGAGGGAGCUGAGGACCCUUACCUCGCAAAGAUUCGGGCUCAGAGGGACCGUAACAGCCCUGAAGGAGCCAGUGGAUCGUUUGACCAGAAUGGUCUGAUGGAAGGGGAGUAUAAUGAGGCAGAGAGUGCAGCAUCAUUCCAGCAGGCAUUGUUAGCCUGGAGAAAUGGUAACAAUAGUGAUGUUCCAACAACCCCUCCCAAACCUGUGUCUCAGAAACGGAUCAGUCCCAGAAAGGUUGCUUACUCUCCUGUCAAAACUCCAACUGUACAGGUGGAGUUUGGAACAUCAACAAUACAAGAAAAAGAAAACAUAGAAAUAAAGUUUACGUCCAACAUGUCUUACGCUGAUCGACUUUUACUGAAGAAGCACAGGAGGACAGAGGUGGGUAAGAUGGCCACCCCCAGACUUGGGGACUGGGAAGGACAGGAUGAGCCUGACCCAAGAUCUAGGUCUAUUACUCCCUACCAAGAACGCAGGACCAGAGAUCGGCAUCAGACACCACGUCAGGACCCCUGGUUAGCUGGACCAUCUACACCUCGUGUGGAGCCAUUAUUCUCCUCCAGGGAAGAAGAGUUACAACCAGUCAACUUCCAAGCCCUUUAUGAAGCAGUGAAGUAUUCUGAGACUGGGUCCAAUCAACCAUCACGAACGGUCAGUGGUGGAAUGACCAUUGAAGAGAUAGACGAUGUUGUUAGCCCUCCAUUCAGUUCAUGUGUUGUGUGAAAUUUUCAGGCUCUGAAGAAAGUUGAGGAGACAUCAGCAUGUCUGGUUGAGGAGCUGGAUGAUCCAGAAGACUGGAGUCUUAAUCAAAAUGGGUCAUCCUCUAACUAUCAUCAAAAUAUGGUUUUUGACACCAACACACCCAAGUCUCGUAAAUCCCUCAGAACGCCAAAGACACCUGGCCGUAAAACCAAGACAAACCUUCAGACUGAUACUGAUAUGGUUACUCAAGAUCCUGAGGACUACACCAGAGUUCAGCCACCUUUGCAAACAGAACCAAAUCUUGCCAGGUCUACGCACCACAAAACUAAAAAAAGUUAUGUGGAAUAUUCAUCUUCUGACACAUCAACACAUCCUCUUACCAUGCCUGACACAGCAACAAGGAAACCGCCAACAUCUUCAGCUAAGUCACGCCCUCAAUCAAGUGCGAAAUCCCGACCUCAAUCAUCUGCUAAGUCACGACCACAAUCAUCAGCUCGGACCAAGAGUCGUCAAAAUAGCUACACACAGUCACGCCCUGGUUCGAGGGCCAAAAGUCGUACAAACUCACGUAUGGAAGGAGAUGGUGUCCUUACUAAGGGACCCAGUCAGGGGUUGCUGCAGGUCGCCAUGAUGAACCAAAAUGACAUUUUAGGGGACAGACAGAAAAGCUACAGCUCAGCGUUUAAUGAAUUCUUUAUGUUAGGUGUACAACCUGAACAGACGGAGAGAACAAUGACACCAUCUAAACAUAAAGACAGUCGUACCGAAAAGGUCAAGGUCAGCAGCCAGUUGUAUCAGAUGGCCCCUCGCUCCUGGCGACCUGACAGUAGUCUAGCUGAUACAGUGGACACAGAGACUGUACAGAAAGACAGUGAUGCCAUUGAGAUGGUUGAAGCCACCACACCUGUUCCCCUUGAUAUCACCGACCAGCCCAACCCUCUGGACGUUGGAGGCCGCGCCAGUGUUCUAUCCUUCAUCAACAAUGAGAUGGAUUGUAUUACCCAGAGGGCCGAAGCCAACAUGGUGUCCCUCCUUACGAAGGAGCUCUCUUUUGAUGAUGAGACAGAAUUACAGUUUGGAAAAGAUGAAGAAGAAGAACUAGAUGACUUCCCAGAUCUGCCACCCACACCCAGCAAUCUGAAAGUAACCACACCCCGUCCUAGUAGUAGUGUAAGAUCACGCCCAGACAGUGGUACGCCCCGUCCCAGCAGCUCUCGCGCAGUCAGUCACAGGGAUACACAUAUUAGCAGACCAGACAGUAGAUACUCAGUGAGGUCGUCAACAGUCACCCCUCGACCAGAGGAUAUCACCCCUCGACCAAUCAGUGUCACUAGAAGGAUUGCCAGCACAACUCCUCGCCCCAGUAGUCGAUCAAGGUCCCAAGCUGAUGGUCGGGAAUCACGAGCUAUAGUUGUAGACGGGGACGACAUGAGUAACUAUGACCUAGAAGGUCAAAAGGAGACAACCUUCAUAGAAGACCAAGAAACUCUUGACAACUUGGAAUGGGAGUUGGCAUCAGAGACAGGCAGAGUUACAGCUGAUGGUAAGCUCUCUCGAAUGGAGUUGGAGGAUACAGGGAGCAAUGAAAGCAUGGACAGUGUCCGCUCCUUUAGUCGAAUGAGUCAACAGGACCAAGGAUAUGACAUUAACUCCAGACUACGGGAAGAUGAACUGACAGAUGAUGGUGAAGAUGAAGAUGAUUUUGAAGAUGAAGAGAAUGUAAGGGCUCUCCUCUGA